AAGAACUUGAUGCCUGUAAAAUGCAAAGAGAGACUGCUGAAGAACAGCUGGACAUGACAAAAAAAGAAUUAAAACUAAUUCAUGAUGGGUAUAAAAUUAAGACACUUCAGCUACAGGAGCAACACAAGUCCUGUAUGGAACAGUUAGAAGCUAAAAUGACAGAGUGUGAGACUUUAAGUGAAGUUGUCUCUAAACUGAAAAAAGAUGAGCAUGUGAUUCAAGAGGAGCUGCGAUGCCUUCAAAAAGAAAAGGCAAAGGCUGCGAUCGAGAGCAAAAAGGAGAUGGAGAGAAUGAGAGGGGCUGUGAAUCUGCUGGAGCAUGAGAGAAAACUGCUUCUGGAUGAGAUGGGAGACUUGAGAAAAGAUUACUUUAGCCUCAGUGAUCGCAUCACACAGAGACUUGAACAACUGGAACAGACAGAUGUUGCCAUGUCCAUCACAGACAUUUCGUCCAAUCAUCACAGAACAUCCAAGACAAAUAACACAGUUGGCCAAAUUACAUCAAAUAUGGACAUGAUCGAGCAUAUAAGGAGGAAACUGGAGGAAGAAGAAAACAUCCAGCAGAAAUAACAUGCUUCCAAAGCCCAUGUUCCAGAAUGCCAUAAACUGGACAUUAUUUUUUUAAAUAUAGCAUUCAGUGUUUAUAUUGAGGGGCAGCACAGUGGUGUAGUGGUUAGCACUGUCACCUCACAGCAAGAAGGUCCUGGGUUCGAGGCCGGCGAGGGCCUUUCUGUGUGGAGUUUGUGUGUUCUCCCCGUGUCUGCGUGGGUUUC